UUUGGUAUUCCAAAGCGUAUGCCCAGCACGAAACUAUUCGGUAAAAGCUACGUGCGCGCAAUAGUCUGUCCUAUCAGCGCAUAUCGUUAACUCACGUACGCAGUUUGUUCCCAAAAGAUGUUGAUGUUGAUAUCCAUAAUAAAGACAUGCUCAUAAUACACAGGAAACACAUAACACGCAUAACACAAGGUGACACAAAUAGACGGAAUAAGAAAAGUAACCCGUUGAGAAGGUAAAUUGAGCUCAACUUCUUCGAUAAGAAAUACGUUUUCAGUUUUAAUUUAAACAAUGCAAGACAAAGAAUGCCGAUAAGUGAGUUAAGAACUUGUCUUAACGGAUUACGCGCUCAGUGCGCGUGUUGUUCGAUGCGAACACAUCACCGUUCAAUUCAUACAACAGAUGGAUGUGACGACAGUAAAUUCACACACAGUCUCACGACUUCAUAAUCCGAUUCUAAUUUUAGUUUUAUCUCGAUUAAGAAGCAGCCCUUAUCAGUCUGAUGACGAAUCCUACUAAUUUGUGGAUGGAAUGUAAAUUCCGUUUUGACAGUUCUGAGAAGAUUAUGGGACACUCUAAACUAAUAACUGUAUGCAUAUUUCUGAUGAUUCUUAUAGCAUGUGCUGAGAGCCGCUUAAGAUGUUACAACUGCACGUAUGUCGAGUAUAAGAAGAAGGAAACAUGGGCGGGUCUCGAGGAGUGUCAGGCGAAGAAAUUUGACGAUGAGAAAAUUCCGGUGAUAACAUGUGACGGUACAUGCGUGGUUCGUUUGUUUGUUUUUCCUUUGGUCCUUUCAGACACGUUCCGUCUGGGGCGAUGUGGUAGUUACUCAGCGAACCUGCCACCAAAGUAACAGUGGUCCAUGUAACCGGAUCGACCGCUAUAACAUUGGUCAAGACGGUUACCUGUCGCAGGUGUGUUGCCGUGGUUCUCGGUGUAACCAUAAAGGGAACGACAAUGCUGGUCACCCUCAUAUUAGCGCUAAGACUCUCUUUGUUAUCGAAACGAUGGCUCUUCUUUGCUUUGUGAUGUUUGGACCAGUUGAUAUUUGGACAAACGGCCAAACAUAUUCUUGGAGAAUUCCUUAAGUUACUGGGGUGGCACAGCAGAGAGAGAAGAGCAUUUGCGUAAAUUGGCUACUCUUUCUCGACUCCGUGAUAUUUAAAUUCAGUGCCAGGACAAGCUACGAAUUCUUGAGGAUAGAAGACACACUUGUGUAUUAUACGCAAUUUCAACUACAAUGCCUACUUUUCCUCACAACUAUUAUGCCGUUUCUAUUUUGCUAAUUUAUCAAGAAGAACAAUAAUAUAGAAUAUCAUCAGAUAUAUGGACAAUAAAGUACACUGAGUUUAUAAUCUU